AUGGGCUUCGGUCCCAUGUUUGAGAUGUGGAGAUAUUGGCUGGUGAUACUACACAAAGUCCUUGUGAAAGCUGCUGCAUCAGCAGGUGGCCCUCCAGGAGGAGGGUCUCUCCUAGCUGCAACCUUACACUUUCUCAUUGGACCUCAUGAAUACUGCUCGAAGAUCAAAACUGGUGAUGUUGUCUUAUUAGAGUGCCAGCUUAAAUUAUGGACUAUUUCCCCAAGCAAACAGGAAAAUAGUGCUCAUGAGGACAAGAACAGAUCUAGGUGUUACCAGGUCAUGCUCAAGUCCAUGAAGUUGAUGCCUGAUGCUGGGGUCAGUUCUCAGAUGUUUGCAAGCUACUUCAUCAAUGUGAAAGGAAAACACAAAGCAGUUGAUGUCGCUGACAAGGGUCAUGUGAAGAAAAGCGGGAUGUUGCAAAUGGAGGAGAAAUACAACAUGUUACACCAGAAAGAGCCACAUAAAGACAGCCCUAAACCCAUCAAGAUUGUUGUGGAAUGGAGUUGCAUAUCCAAGGGCUCGCCUUCAUCACAAUCAAACAUGAACUUUGCUUGUGAUUUGAAUGAAGAUAUCAUCAUGAAAGUCCUUGAUAAAAUGGCGAUAUCUGAUGUCACAUCAACAAGUUGCACAACUUGGAGGUUGCACAAAGUGGGGAAAAGUGUCAUUCUGAGAUGCUUCAGGAGGCUGUUGGAAUCAUUUGUUCAAUCCGAAGGGCUUGGCUUCAGCUCGUGUGCUGCGCCCCUUCCCCGAGGCGUCAGGCGAUGUCCGGAAGUAUUGGACGAUGUCCAGAUUCUGAUUGUCCAAUGUGCAGGAAUUCCGGUGGACAUUCGGGAACAGGUGAUAAGACUAAUCCGGACGAUGGCCGAACUAGAAAGGAAACAGUGGAGGACUACCAAAGGUAGAGGCAGAGGUGAUAAGUCUAUCGGGAUCGACCCUAAGACUAGUGGAGGUCGACGAGAGAAUAACUCAAGUCAAAUGGAGGGGAGAAUGAGCAGAGUCUAA